AUGGAAAGAAAGUCGAGUAAGCAGAUUCACGGGUUUAUUCUUAAGUCUGGCUGUGAGCCAAAUGAUUGUAUCGAGGCUGCAUUGCUUGACAUGUGCACUCGGUGUGGGAGAAUGCCACUGGACCACGGUAGAUUGAUUGCAUUGACAUCUAUGCUACGUGGAUAUGCUCAGAACGGGCAGCCAGAAAAAACAAUUUCUCUAUUUUUUGAAACGCAGUUAGAAGGACUACUAGUCAUGGAUGAAGUUGCAACAGCUACUGUUUUUGGCGUUUGUGGAACUUUAGGCAUGUAUGCCAAGUGUGGUGAAUUGGAAGAUGCAGUUAAGGCAUUUGAGCUUAUGUCAUCCCGUGAUUUAUGUUCAUGGAAUAGUUUGUUAGCUGGUUAUGUCCUUCAUAGGCGGAGAGAUGAAGCUUUGGAUACAUGUCUGCAUAUGGUGUGUUGCCAGUGCUCGGAGCUUGUGAGGGCAGAGAUUAAGGAGAAGGGGUUCCAAAAAAUCCCGGGCCAAAGUUGUGUUAUCUGUCUCCGGCGAAGCUUGGUCAGAGUUAAUGAAGAAGAAGGCGUGAAAAGACCAAAAUUGCCCAGGACAAAUCGGAGCUCUCGCCUGAGUCUUGACGGAAUACGGGCAUAG